UAAGGCGGGACGAGGCAGCCGCCGGGGGCAGCGCAGCGGAGCGGAGCCCAGGAGAGGAGAGGAGAGAGCCAGCCGGAGCGAGAGACGGGCAGCGAGGAGGAAGGAGCCGCCGGCUUCGGGACAGGACCGGACCGCAGGUGCUUGGAGCGCCGGGGCCGGAGCUCCGCGGCCGCCAGGCAUGUACCGCUCCACCAAGGGCGCCUCCAAGGCGCGCCGCGACCAGAUCAACGCCGAGAUCCGGAACCUCAAGGAGCUGCUGCCGCUGGCCGAGGCGGACAAGGUCCGGCUGUCCUACCUGCACAUCAUGAGUCUCGCCUGCAUCUACACUCGCAAGGGCGUCUUCUUCGCCGGAGGUGCUCCUCUGGAGGGCCCCACAGGCCUUCUCUCAACUCAAGAGCUUGAAGACAUAGUGGCCGCGCUACCUGGCUUUCUGCUCGUGUUCACAGCCGAGGGGAAGCUGCUGUAUCUGUCUGAGAGUGUGAGCGAGCACCUGGGCCACUCCAUGGUGGACCUGGUUGCCCAGGGUGACAGCAUCUACGACAUCAUCGACCCAGCUGACCACCUAACUGUGCGCCAGCAACUCGCCCUGCCCUCUGCCCUAGACACUGAUCGCCUCUUCCGCUGUCGCUUCAACACCUCCAAGUCCCUGAGGCGCCAGAGUGCAGGCAACAAACUGGUGCUUAUUCGAGGCCGAUUCCAUGCUCACCCACCUGGAGCCUACUGGGCGGGAAACCCUGUGUUCACAGCCUUCUGCGCGCCCCUGGAGCCAAGGCCCCGCCUCGGCCCUGGUGCGGGCCCCGCCUCACUCUUCUUAGCCAUGUUCCAGAGCCGUCAUGCAAAGGACCUGACCCUACUGGACAUCUCUGAGAGUGUCCUAAUCUACCUGGGCUUUGAGCGCAGCGAGCUGCUCUGUAAAUCAUGGUAUGGACUGCUGCACCCCGAGGACCUGGGCCACGCUUCUGUUCAACACUACCGCCUAUUGGCUGGGAGUGGAGAUAUUCAGGCAGAGAUGGUAGUGAGACUGCAGGCCAAGCCUGGAGGCUGGGCAUGGGUUUAUUGCCUGUUAUACUCAGAAGGUCCAGACGGCCCCAUUACUGCCAAUAACUACCCAAUCAGUUACCCAGAGGCCUGGAGCCUCCGCCAGCAGCUGAACUCUGAAGACACUCAGGCAACCUAUGUCCUGGGGACCCCAACCCUCCUGCCCUCAUUCUCUGAGAACAUCCGUUCCCGGGAGCAGGGCUCCAGCCGUAACCCACUCUUUACCCCGGCCCUGGGGGCCCCUCGGAGCACCCGUCUCCCCACUGCUCCUGAGAUGGGUGCUGUCUCCACAUCAGAAGAGCUUCCCCGACCUCCCAAAGGGAGGGGCUUCCGCUACCUGACAUUUCCACCUCGCCCGGAGCCUUCUCUCCAAGCCGACCUGAGCAAGGAUCUCGUGUGCACCCCGCCCUACACACCACACCAGCCAGGAGGCUGUGCCUUCCUCUUCAGCCUCCACGAGCCCUUCCAGGCCCAUCUGUCCACUCCAUCCGGCUCUCUCCCAGGACAGCUGACCCCAAGCGCCGUGACCUUCUCGGAUCAAUUGACGCCCAGUAGCGCGACCUUCUCAGACCCACUGACUAGCCCACUACAAGGCCAGCUGACCGAAACUUCGGCCAGGAGCUAUGAAGAGCAGUUGACUCCCUGCACUUCCAACUUCCCAGACCAGCUGCUUCCCGGCACUGCUGCCUUCCCCGAGCCUCUGGGCAGCCCUGCCUGUGAGCAGCUGACUCCUCCCAGCACAGCAUUCCAAGCACAUCUGAACAGCCCCAGCCCAACUUUCCCAGAGCAACUGAGUCCCAGUCCCACCAAGACUUACUUUGCCCAGGAGGGAUGCAGUUUUCUCUAUGAGAAGUUGCCUCCGAGUCCCAGUAGCCCUGGUAAUGGGGACUGCACACUCCUGGCCCUCGCCCAGCUCCGGGGCUCCCUCUCUGUGGACCUCCCCCUGGUGCCCGAAGGCCUGCUUACCCCUGAGGCCUCUCCAGUCAAACAGAGUUUCUUCCACUACUCCGAGAAGGAGCAGAAUGAGAUAGACCGUCUCAUCCAGCAGAUCAGCCAGUUGGCUCAGGGCAUGGACAGGCCCUUCUCGGCCGAUGCCUGCGCAGGUGGGCUGGAGCCACUUGGGGGGCUGGAGCCCCUGGACUCCAACCUGUCUCUGUCUGGCCCUCCUGUGCUCAGCCUGGACCUGAAACCCUGGAAAUGCCAGGAGCUGGACUUCCUGGCUGACCCUGACAACAUCUUCCUGGAAGAGGUGCCUGUGGAAGACAUCUUCAUGGAUCUCUCUACCCCAGACCCCAGUGGGGAAUGGGGCUCAGAGGAUCCUGGGGCAGCGGUCCCAGGAGGGGCCCUGUCGCCUUGCAACAACCUGUCCCCAGAAGACCACAGCUUCCUGGAGGACCUGGCCACAUAUGAAACCGCCUUUGAGACAGGUGUCUCAGCAUUCCCCUACGAUGGGUUUACUGAUGAGUUGCAUCAACUCCAGAGCCAAGUUCAAGACAGCUUCCAUGAAGAUGGAAGUGGAGGGGAACCAACGUUUUGAAUAAGUCUGUGACUUAACGUCGUCAAGUAUGGCAUAUUGUCAUCAAGACGUGGAGCUGCUCUCCACCCCCCCGGGACUGUUGGGGGGACUCUAGGGGCUGGAGGGGGAUAUAUCUGAUUCCCCAGGCCCUACAGGAUUGGGUAGGGGGGAGGAGGGAGGGCGAGGGAGGGGAGCUUCUUUUUCAACUCUAGAGACUUCCAGCGAUCCCAGUUUCCAUUUCAAUCUGUAUUCACUCGUAGUGAGUUUCCUUGAAUGGGAUUUCAAGUGGAGAAUGGGGGAGUCUCGCUUUUCCCCAGUGCUGCCCCAUGGGCUGGGGCCAGUUCUCCGCUCCCAGGGGCCAAGCCACCCCUGGGCCUGGGUGGGGGAAAGGCACCACCCAUGCGGGCCGGCCUGUGCCCCGAGGGGCCCUUGACACCACGUAGAAUUCUCUACACACCAGUAACGGGAUUUCAAUUCCGACAGACUGCCGCCCCGGCGGCGCUUGUGACUUUUGCGCCCCGCACCUGGGGUGGGGGGCGUGAAGAGACGCUACGUUCCUUUCCGAUGGAGGAAGGCAGACCUGCCGUUGUCACACGUGUGCUUGCACGAGAGCGUGUACCCGGUGCAGGACUCACCCGGCUGCCAGACUGCCUGGGCCUGCCCAGGUGGCCACCUCGUGGUGCUGUGGUGACUUUGUAGCCAACUUUAUAAUAAAGUCCAGUUCGCCUUUUUGGUA